AUGGUACGCACUCCUGAACAAAUCGCAAGGUCAAAGGCUCUCGAGAUCCGAGUUCAUCCCAAGGGGAGAUAUCUGGCAUCCGGGGAGAAGGCAGAUACAGCUUGGGAGAUCUUCCAUAGACUGGAUGAGAGAGAGGUGAAACUGUAUCUUGAUAAGAGAGCGGAGCAAGGCUUUAAUGUGAUUUUUGGUGUACUUUUUGCCGAGCAUGGAGGUGCAACUCUACCUAAUCGACAAGGAGAAUGGCCAUUCCACCCUAAAGAUCCUUCUGCGGAAAAGUACUACCCAGACGUUCUUCGACCUAAUGAGAAGUACUUUGAGUAUGUGGACUUUGUGGUCGACUACGCUGCUAGUGUUGGCUUACGAAUAGCUAUUCAGCCAGUCUGGGGAAACUACGUCGCUGGUAUCUACCACAAGAUCGAUCACUACUUCGACAACGUUGACGCCGCUUUAGCAUUUGGUAGAUACAGUGGAGAGAGAUACCCAUUCUUGCCCUACUUGAACGGAGGGGAUGUUCACAGAUACUGGUUCGAUGAUGCUGCGUUCAAUGCGAGGGCGCUGAAACCGACUCGAGGACCUGAAAUCAAGGUGAUCGACUAUGGACCUGUCUUUGAAGCAUUCGCAGAGGGUAUCAUCGCCGGAGAAGCUAAACAUAGACCAGAUGGAUCUCAACCUUUCAUCACAUUCCACCCAACUGCCAGUUGGCUUCCUGAUACUCCUAAACCUUUCGCUUCGCAUCUGUUCCCCAACUCGAAAUGGUUGACUAUUGAUGGUAUUCAAUCCGGACAUACAUGCGGAUACAAAUAUGCCCCCCUGGAGGAUCCCAGCAUCGGUACUUUGAAUUGGUUCUACGCCCAAAACAGUGUAGAUCUUGUGAGGGAGAUGUAUGAGACGUCUACCCGAGAUGGUAGUUUGAGACCGGUCAUUGACUUGGAAGCGCACUACGAGAGUACGCACUACAAUUUUAAACCCGAAAAGGACCAAUGGAAAGCUAGUAACAUCCGUCAAGGAGCAUGGCAAGCUGUUUUUGCCGGUGCUGCAGGUCUGACGUAUGGAGUCAACUCAGUUUGGCAAAUGAACAACCUGAACUCCAAGUCUCAUUCUCCUAUCCCGCAUAACACGGUUUCAGCUGCCAAUUGGUUCGACGAGCUUGAUCUUCCCGGAGCUACCUACAUCGGAAUCAUCACCAAGUGGUUCCUCUCCCGACCGUCCUACUUCACCCGUAUUCCUGACCAAUCGAUCCUGCUAUCCGAUACUUUCGAUCGGCCCGUACCUGAAGACGACUACGAUGGUAAAGAUGCAAAGCUCAUAUCCGCUACUAGAGAUAUCGACGGUAAAUGGCUUGCUAUUUAUACACCAGAAGGACAAGGUUUCGAGGUGGAUACAUCCGUGUUACAGGGAGAAAAACUCGUUGCUAUAUGGUUUGACCCCCGAAGUGGGAGGGAAACUUCAGCAGGUACAGUGGAAAAAGGGAAAGUCAAAGUGCAACCUCCAUCGCAAGGAAAGGAUGAUCACGACUGGAUAUUCUAUGUGGUAGCUCAGUAA